AGUUAUGAAAUGGCGGAUAGCAUUGUAUUUGACAAGUAGUUUCGUGAAUUAAAAUCGCGUUAAAAGGACCGAUAACUUCGUCUUGAUGUUUUGUUAUUUUAUAAUACGUAAUAUAUCGAUUUUUUUGAAGUGUAAAAUAUUCAAAAGCUAUUUUAACAUGGGGUGAAUUACCCAUGGAAAUAGUAAAAGCUUUGUUGUGUGUUGUGAAUUUUUAAGAAAACAAAACUAGAAAACGCGUUGAUGUAUUGUAGUUAUUUACGUAAUGGAAAUAGACGUUACUCCAGAUGGUAUUUCAGAAAAUAAUACGGGUAACUCAAGUCAAAGCGAGGAAGAAAAUGCCGAAAAUUCAAGUGCCAAUCAACAAAAUCUAAGCAAUAAUAACGUCACUUCUGCAGAUCCUACCAUAACUAGUAUUAAUAGCAGGAAAACAAUUAAACAUGCACUACGACAACAAGCUAAACGCAGAAAGAAAAAUACUACGAUAGCUUCUGGUAACACAAAUACUGUGCCCCGAAUAAUAGUUAAACCUCUACCUCCACAAGCAGUUGAAGAGCCAACUGCAACCAUAGUGCCUACAACAAGAACACCAACGAUGAAAGAAGUACUCGCCUCAAUUCCUGGAUUCACAAUGAAACCAAGAAAGAGAUCUAACAAAAAAUUAUCCCAAGCUGCACAACUUGAACAAACCAAAGAAGGUUGCAUUGACUUGGAAACUCCAGAUUCUAUCUUAGUCAAUACAAAUUUACGUCAUUUGCUUAAUAAGGCUACAUUCGCAGCUUUACCCACCCUAUAUCAAAACAAAUUGGUUCAAUUAUUGCCCAAUGUCGACAGAAAUAUUGUAAAUAACGACCCAAAUAGUGUAGAUAUGAGUAAUUCAGGUUUGAACAAUGAAUUUUUUGCUAGAGCUUGCUUGGAAUGGCAAGAUCGACUGGCAGAAGGUGAAUUUACACCUGAAAACCAACAAAAACUUAAAUUAGAAGCUGAUAAAGAAAGAAACAAGGUGGAUCCUUGGAAACUGAAACAUUUUGAACCAAUUUGGGGAGAUAGAUCCUGUGCGGCUGACUCUCUUGUAUCUACUAGUGUAAAUAAUAUAAACUAUAAUAAUUCAACACGUCCACCUAUCAAGACUACUAUCAAACUUAGGCCAUCUACUACAAAUAAACAGAAAAGUUCUGCACCUCCUCCUGUUAAACGACUCAGAACUGUCGGAGCAAUGACUCGCUCUUGUACGACAAAUAUGAAAAUAGAAUUGAACUAUGUUGAAAACAAAUCUCAAAUUCCUGACUUGUUACCCAUAAAGCAAAUGAAACAAGUACAAAAGGAGGAAUGCCGUUUUAAGUCUGAAAGUACAUUUAAAAUAGAUAUAGAUACAGCAUCAGUUAGUGAUAAUAUUGUAGAACUUCAGGAAAAAUGUAUUGUUAAUAUAAGUGAUACUAUUUUAGAAAAUAAUCAAGAGACAAUCAUAUGUUCUUCAAAGUCGGAGAAAAGGCCAAGAUCCCCAAGUACUGACUCCGAAGGCAGAUCUCCCAAACCUUUUACUGUUUAUCUAGCUGCAGACCACUUAGAGACAUUAGAACCCAGUGAGAAUGAAAAAGACAUCUUAGAAGAGCCACACGAUCACCUAGCAGACGAUAUCAGCGACGAUGAUAAAGCAAGCGAAACCAUGUCGGAAAAUAUGGAAGACGACUCUUACAACUACGACAAAGACAAUAGACACAUUGAUGAAAAUAGCAGCAGUUCGAGUAGUAUUGUUACCCACAAUAUGGAAGAGAUUUCUAGCAACGAAACGAUAGAAACUGUUGAUUCUCUGCAACUUCAUAUAGACUAUAAAGAGGAAGAUCAUAAUCAAACCGAUGAAACAUCAUCUACAACGUCUACGACGGAGCAGGAUGAUCAAGAAGAUCAAGAGGAUCCUUUAGCACCAACACCUGAUCUAUCCGAUGUUGCACCUAUGGAUACAGAUCCGUUGCAGAUAACUGAAGAUGAUAGUGAAUGCCAUAUAGUUACAGAUAAUUUAAAAAUCACUCAUAUAGAAGAUAAGGAACCCUACAGUUUGGUGGUAGAACACAUUCAUUCAGAUGACAUCACUUUGAUUCAAACAUUAGACGUUUCUGAAAGCAGAUCAGAAUCAGACAUCAGCAAAGACCAACCAGUUGAAUCUCCAGAACCCGUCGAAACAAUAGACCUAGUCGAAUCCAUUAAAAAAGAACCUCCGGUGGUCGAAUCCUUUCAGCCCCUCCCGAACACCUUAAUUCUACACGAGGGCAAGCAACCUCGCUCAGAACCAACUGAGAGCGAAAGCAGUGCCGUUGAUUCCGGUGAUUGUAUACCGGAAACGAGUGAAAGUAUCGCGGAUUUUGCGGAAAAAUUAGAAGCUAGCGUGGAAGAGUGCGAUCUUGUUAUUGCACAACUAUCUGAAGCUAGCUUUGAAACAGUGAGGACGGAUGAAGAGGACAGAUUUAUCGAUGCGGAAAAUUACGUGUUGGAAUCUGGACAGCUUACGGACGUUGACACUACCGAAAAAAUCGACAAAACUGAUGCCGAUGGUAACACACCGGUUGACAUACAAGCUACUCUAUUCGGGGAACCUAGUGUACCAGCGACGACAGAUGAAUGCUGUUGGAGCAUUGUCGAUAAUAGAACAGAAAAGUUGAUGCAAGUACCACCUUUGCAUAACAUGGAACCGCCGAUAUCGACACAAACGACGCCCGAGAAAGAUUUUACGGAAAAAAUUGAAGAGCACGUCCAGGUCAUCCCGAUGCAGGAAGAAUUGGAAGUUAAGUUGGAACAGGGGAGGUUUCCUGUAGUCGUUAACGAUUGGAGGUACGAUGUUAAUAUGGACCCUGAUAUGGUAGAGGCAGCUCUAGGAACUUCGGGUGAGGAGAUCGGUGAUAAAGAAGCAACCAAGCAAGAAGCCAAUUAUCAGGAGUAUAGCGGUAAUCAAGUGAAAUUGGAACUCGAAGUAACGUUGACGCCUGAAAUUGUUAGUACGCCACCUGUAACUACAGUUGUGGACACCACCAGUACUUCAUCGUCUCCCGCUGUAACCCCGCCUGUAACCAAAGUUCCCCUAACGACAGUAAUUCCCCCGACAGCUAUGCCUCCCACAGUAAUCCCCCCUACGACGAUAGUAUGCCUACCGUCAGUCGUGACAAGUGCACCAAUUAUUAAUAAUCCAAAUAACCCCGCCGCCGCUAACGAGGUGUCGCAGUGCGCAGCCGUACCGAGACCUGGUGCGGUGCAAAGUUCCAGUUCCGUUCCUUAUUUAGCCUUAAGUACCAGUCAACCAAUUAGAGCCGUUUCUACACAUAGCAAAGUUAAACCAAAGAAUUCCCAAGGUGGAGGUAAUAGGAACAGGAGUAACAACAAACCUCCCCCUGGAGCGGUAAAUUUGGAGAGAAGCUACCAGAUAUGCCAGGCUGUGAUCCAAAAUAGUCCCAAUAGAGAUCAGCUUAGAUGCCAGUUAAAACCACCACCAAGUUUAUUGGCUGCUGCUCAGGUGAAUAACGUGAAGAAGAACGAGAACAAUAGACAAUCUUUUAACAGGCAACAACAAUUCGCUCCCAUUAGAGGCCCCACAGUUAACAAAACAUUUACUCCUCCCCUACCCGCGCCUAAUAAUGCUUACCAGAUGGUUCAAGGUGGAAAUGGUAUCAGAGGAGUAGCUCAGAGAAUGAGGACUGUUCCUUUUCAACAACAGCGACCACCGGCACCAACUCCUGUGGUCGUUAGGCACGUUUUUACAGCAGGCCAGGGAAUUCCUGUGACGAUGGCUGUGUUGCCGCAAGGGCCUGCCAUUAGUCCAGAGGUAAUUGAGACCCAAACACCUGUUGGCACUCUAGGUCAGUAUAUACUCGUUCAAAGAACGGGUGUACAUGAUCCUCUAAACACUCCACGCUCCUCAAGCGCGCCACCUUCCCAACAGCAGCCUCAAAUUAACACUGCAAACGCCGGAGGAGUACCGCAUAUAGUAUCUGUUAACGCAGGUCGAGGUCGGCCAGCAAGCGUAGAAGUAGAACAUCCAUCUGCGGCGAUACAGUCUCAACCUUGUAACGAUUUUAUUGUACCUUGUCCGAAUCCUGGAAUCCAGGCAGUUACUCGAAGACAAAGGCUACCUCCAGGUGUCGUUUAUGGUGAUGUCAGCGUAGAAUCUCCAAUUCAGAAUUACACAAUCAUCGGCGGCGAUGGCAACGUGAUGGUUGACCAUCCCGGCGCAGCCAUGCAAAGCCAGCUAGUUCUUCAACAGCAACAGAAACAACCCGCGCCAGCUCCACCUGUGGUCCAGAAGCCGGUGACGACCCCCAUGGCGGUCGUCACAGGCGAUUCUUCUUGUUCGUGCAGCCUCAAGGCGAUGGUGAUGUGCAAAAAAUGUGGCGCUUUUUGUCACGACGACUGCAUAGGACCGAAUAAACUGUGUCGUACUUGCUUCAUACGGAAAACUUGUUAUGGGAAAGUGGAGACGGAUAAGAGAUGCUUGGGUGAGAACACUAAAAGAUAAAAAGAAUUGCAAGACGUCUGGUUCCGCUGUCUCAAACACGAAGCCCUACAAAUACCAUAAUCAGAUGCUGUUUUUGAAAAAGUAGUUGCUGCUGGUGAAGCGCACGAAAGCGUCUCUGCUAAACAAACUGAAGAAUACACCGAAGAUGAACAGUGUGACUACAAUGACACAACUUGGCAAUGACAGUCAAAAGGACAAACAACAUCUAGCUCCACUGCCAAAACGCAGAGCACCAGCCAAAAGAAAUUUUAAUGAAAUUUAUUUCAAAAUGAUGUCCUACAUUGGCUAUCAGAUAAAAGAAAAUUGAGCAGGAUGAUCGCAAUUUAUCGUUCUUCAAAGGUAUUUUGUCAUGCUUUGCUUUGCUUGAUGAUGGCCAAACUUUGAAAUUCCAAUCAGGGGUGAUAAACCUACUACAAAAUAUUAAACAUAGAAGAGUUGGUCAGUCAAUACACUAACAUCUGGUGCUAGUCACUAUCAAUCCCAGGGCUAUUUUAACAGACCAUAGCCUACUAAUAGUGCACUAUCGCUAGUACAAUCUGUAUACGGUGAUGCUAGCAGAUCACAGUCUACUGAUUGUGCACUAUCGCCAGUGCAAUCUGUAUACAGUGAUGCUACGUUAGUAGAUAUGUCUGAGUUUUAAAAAUAAAAGUACCUUAAAAAUAUCGCUAAUUUUUCUUCUGGGCAGAUACUUUUCCUCCAUCGAGUAUCUUGCUUUUUUAAAUUCUUUUCCAAUAGUUUAAGAACUCUAAAGUAGACAUUGACAUACGAAAGUAUGUAAUUGUAAAAUUUCGAUUCAUCACCUCGUAAGUGACUCAUAAGUCAACUGUAAGGACCCUCUCUAGAUCUUUUUGCCAUAAGUGGAUGCUGCCAAUCACGUCGAAAACAUGACAGCGUCCUUUCUUGUAGAAUAGCGGCGUAUAUACACUGCGAGUUUUCUGUUCACAUCGCAUCCAGUAAUGACGGAUCCGUUGAACGUUAUACGGUGCCUAUAUGUACAGAGCACAAAUUUAUGACGUAUCCGUUAAAAAGAAACCAGUAAAACGGACUCCCAUGUGUGAACGGGCCUUUAGUAGAAAAAAGAGACAAUGUAUCAAUGUAAGUAAAACAAAUGUAAAGUUAAUAACUUUUAUUAUUAAGGUAUUUAAUAGAGUUGAUUUGAUCACACAAUUAAUUUAAACGUACAUUAAAAUUUGGAGUAAGAACUAUUAACUAAAUAGCUAAAUAUGCAUAAAAACUUUUUUAUCAUGAGCAAUUUUUCACAUAAAACUAUAUAAAGUAUACGGUCACUCGUGAAAAUUACUGUUCUUGUACAUAUUACCAAUGUGUUUUAUAAAUAUACACAUAACAGAUAUUUACAUUUAUUUACUCAACUAAACAGGAAAAAUUUGGAUACCGUUACUAACCAAUUUUGCGUAAGUUCAACCCUAUUACUAAUACCUUUAAAAAUAAAUUUAAAGUAAACUAUUACAAAAAUAAAUAUACAAAUAUUUUACAGUUUUUAUGAUAUAAAGACAGAAAAGAAAUUAAACAGAUAGAUUGCAUUUCAUGUGAGGACAUAACGAUAAAAUAAACGUUUAACGGCCAACAAUUUAUAUUGGUAUAUUUCCUUCUUGCGCAAAAUAAGAAAACAUUAAUCUUGAUCAUAAAGAAGAGGAAGUGAUUUACGAGACAUAUUACGACGUUCUAAUUAAUCAUUAAUUUCUUAUGAUGAUACAAGAGAAUGAGUAAAUAAAAUUUUUAAGUACAAAGAUUUUUUUAUUUGUUAUAGUUUUCAAGAUUCAACAAAUUAAGAUUGAUUUUUUUAUAAGAUGAUUGUAAAUUGCAUUACAAAUAGUUUCCUCACUAAACUAGAUGUAGAAGUUUGUACAUAAUUUAAUUUUUUUUAUUAAAGCUGUUAAAAGCGUGAUGAAAAUUUGUUUUAGUGACAUUAUGUAAAAAGGCUACAAACUUGACAGUUAAUAAACACAAAUUCGUUACAUUUCAUUAUUUAUGACAAACAAAAUGCUCACAAUAUAGACGGUAACACUUAUAUACAUAUUCAAUCAAAGAAUCACAAAUUUCUUUUAUUAAGACAAUGAAGACUAGUAGAAGAAACACUAAACUUGGUAUAAAGCAUUAGUAAACUUUGGGUUCUAAGUAUAAAUAUCAAAUAUUAUUGAGUAGAAGUAAGUAUAAGUUAAAUAUAAGAUACAAAUUACACUAUUUGAAGCGAAAGCACUGUUUUGCCUUCUGGUUAAGUUCACAAAACCUUCAUAUAUUUUGGCAUGUAACUGUUAAUCAUCUACAAGCAUAUUUAGAUGGUUUUGUUUUUAUAUUUUCCUAAAAUAAUAAAUUUGUACUUUUUACUGGUCAGGUAAAUUUCUGGUAAUUUUUCAAUGGUUUUCGCUGACAAUUCCUCUCGUGUAUACAAUAUUCUACAUAAAAUUCACAUAAAUAGUAGUAUUGAAGAACUAUUUAAUUAUUUAUCCGUAAUAUAACAGAGACCAUUACAUUUCGAUGCUAGUUUGAUCAAAUAAUUUAUAAUUUAAUGAUGUAACUAAUCAAAGUUUUUAUUAUUUGGUGUGUAUUUUCAAAGCAUAUAGUAUGUAGUAAAAUAAUUCUGGGUAGUGAACUGUGAACAAAAAAUUCUACUACGUAUUCAGAUGGCAGAACAGCAAUGUCAAACCUCUCCAAAAUACUGUCAUUGUUUAUCUCAAUAUUCUUAUGAUGUAUUUGAGAUAUAAAAUAGGACAGAGUUUCCCAAACUGAGAACUGAAAGUCUGUUUCGUAAUAAUCUAAAACGGCAUUUGAAAGCGACUAGCAGUCAUUUACAAGCUCAAUCGAGAUACUUCUUUGCAAGAAAAUUGCUUUUUGCAUUUUGUAACAUCAGUCCACAGCUUUGGUAUCGAGAGCAUCAGCUCUUACCAAAGCAUGGCUCAAUUCGUUACGUACGGUACAAAUGAAAGUGAGGAUUUGUUAUUUUACAGAAAAAUAUGUGAAAGUGAAAUAUGUGAAAUUUAUUUGAGAUUUUAAUUCAUAUACGACCGAAAAUAAUAUUAAUUGGAAAAACUGUGUGAGUGUGUGUAUGGAGGAUCACUGAUUUAUGUCUGGACAGUAUGGAUGACUACAGACUCUCAUCAAAAUCAAUGCUCCAAGUUGCUCUUAUAGAAGAUAACAUUUGAAGAUCAAGGAAUUAACUGUUUCUCUGCUUUACGAGGUAUUUUACAAGAAAAAUCCUUGAUUCCUCUUUAAAAAUAAUGCUUAAUCGCUAAUAAAGCACUUGCUAUAAUUAAUCUGAAGGAAUAUAACUUGGUUAGAAGUCCUUUUAAAUCGGCUACACCUUCUACACUUUCAACAGAUGAAGAGUAACAACUAAUAGAAUUGUCCUGCUUACAGCGUCAAUACGACAAGUAUAAGCCGUUUGAAUACGGACAGUCAAAUACAUCAGUUCUUGAGGAGGUUAACAAUCCAAGGCGUCUCUUAAGCUUAAUAUUUACAAAGAUAUUAAAUUACUUUUGUCAUUUAUUAUCUCCGCCGAUAAUAUGGGUACGCUAGUGGUCCAGACAAAAAAGGAGAGCAAAAGAAAUUGUGUGCCACCAAGGUUCCACUUUAUUAAACCGAGUAAACACGUGCAACUCAGAGACAAAAAAUGGAAAACAAGCGUCAAAAGAGUAAUAAUAACUGGAAGUGUACCACCAUUCGCAAUUAAUAAAUAUCUAGUAAAAUGUACAGAACAAAAAAAUUCUCUUAUUUUGUCUAAAUGUUGACUCUAUCCUUGUUUUUGGCUUUUUAUUUCAUGUCUUGUAUUGGUCAUCUACUUUUAAUUUUCUUGCUUUUUAGUUAAACUCUUACUGUUGUGAUUUUAGAGUUUAUUGAGACAUUCAUUUUUGUUUAUUCCAUUAACUUAAACAAGCUAAUCGCUACCCUUUUAUGUAGUGAAUUUUGUCUUAGUCAACAUACUUGUUCCUGUGAGAGCAAUUUACACGUAUCAAGAAGAAAAAAAAGUACCCUAGGUUAGUUUGAAAUAAUUUCUUCGUACAAAUAAUUAACUACUUUUAUUUUAAUUUCACAAUUUUGUAGUUUUUGACCAGAUCUAAAUUUUAUGUUUUGAUGACGGCACUCAAUUCAAUAUCUAAAUCUUUUAGAAUACCAAAUGUUAUAAAUUUAAAUAAAAUAUGGAAUGAUCGACAAUUAUAAAUAUACUAACAAUCUCAUAUUAAAUAUACAUCUCUCUUUGCAGAUAUCUCUUGCAUUAUCAUUUUAAAUUUUGAUUCACUAUUUUUGAUUAAAAUCUUGAAAACUAUAACAAUCUUAAGGAAAAGACAAAAUUUACAAACGAAGUCCACGAUUCGUGGAUGACACGUAGUUCAACAAUUCAUCGGAGUCUUCGCAAACAAAAGGCUUCUCGUGGUAGCAAGCUACAUCAUGCCAUGCGAUGCCAUCGUUGUAAACGUUGUUCAAGAUGGACAAACAAGAUUCUGAUGUUCUGUUGAUAUCGAAUUCAGCAUUGUCUGGUUGACGUUGUUUCUUGUGUCC